AUGAUGAUUACGCGUGUCCAUAGCCAACGUGAGCGUUUGAACGAAACGCUCGUUUCUCAGAGAAACGAAGUCCUUGCCUUGCUUUCCAGGGUUGAAGCCAAAGGUAAAGGUAUUUUGCAACAAAACCAGAUCAUUGCUGAAUUCGAGGCUUUACCUGAAGAAACCCAGAAGAAGUUUGAAGGUGGUGCCUUCUUCGACCUUCUCAAAUCCACUCAGGAAGCAAUUGUGUUACCACCUUGGGUUGCACUUGCUGUGAGGCCAAGGCCUGGUGUUUGGGAAUACUUAAGAGUCAAUCUCCAUGUUCUUGCCGUUGAAGAGCUUCAACCUGCUGAGUAUCUUCAUUUCAAGGAAGAACUCGUUGAUGGAGUUAAGAACGGUGAUUUCACGCUUGAGCUCGAUUUCGAGCCAUUCAAUGCUUCUGUCCCUCGCCCAACGCUCUCCAAAUACAUUGGAGAUGGUGUUGAGUUCCUUAACCGCCAUCUUUCGGCUAAGCUCUUCCAUGACAAGGAGAGUUUGCUUCCAUUGCUUAACUUCCUUAAGCGUCACAGCCACGAGGGAAAGAAUAUGAUGUUGAACGAGAGGAUUCAAAACCUCAACACAUUGCAACGUAUCUUGAGGAAAGCAGAGGAGUAUCUGGCUGAGCUUAAGCCCAAUACACCGUAUGCAGACUUUGAGGCCAAGUUUGAGGAGAUUGGUCUGGAGAGGGGAUGGGGAGACAAUGCUGAGCGUGUCCUUGACAUGAUCCGUCUUCUUUUGGACCUUCUCGAGGCGCCUGACCCUUGCACUCUUGAGAAUUUCCUUGGAAGAAUCCCGAUGGUGUUCAAUGUCGUGAUCCUCUCUCCUCAUGGUUACUUUGCUCAGGACAAUGUUCUUGGUUACCCUGACACUGGUGGUCAGGUUGUUUACAUUCUGGAUCAAGUUCGUGCCAUGGAGAUAGAGAUGCUCCAACGUAUUAAGGAACAAGGACUCAACAUUACUCCAAGAAUUCUCAUUCUCACCCGACUGCUCCCUGAUGCCGUGGGAACCACAUGUGGUGAGCGUCUUGAGAGAGUUGAUGGAACUCAGUACUGUGACAUUCUCCGUGUGCCCUUCAGAACAGAGAAGGGUAUUGUUCGCAAAUGGAUCUCAAGAUUUGAAGUCUGGCCAUAUCUAGAGACUUACACCGAGGAUGCUGCGGUUGAGCUUUCGAAAGAGUUGAAAGGGAAGCCUGACCUUAUCAUUGGGAACUACAGUGACGGAAACCUCGUUGCCUCUUUAUUGGCACACAAACUUGGUGUCACUCAGUGUACCAUUGCUCACGCUCUGGAGAAGACAAAGUACCCGGACUCCGAUAUCUACUGGAAGAAGCUUGAUGAUAAGUACCAUUUCUCGUGCCAGUUCACUGCGGAUCUGUUUGCAAUGAACCACACUGAUUUCAUCAUCACCAGUACUCUCCAAGAAAUUGCUGGAAGCAAAGAAACUGUUGGGCAGUAUGAGAGCCACACGGCCUUUACUCUUCCCGGACUGUACCGUGUUGUUCAUGGGAUUGAUGUCUUUGAUCCUAAGUUCAACAUUGUUUCCCCUGGUGCUGAUAUGAGCGUCUACUUCCCUUACACUGAGGAGAAGCGUAGAUUGACUAAAUUCCACCCUGAGAUCGAGGAGCUCCUCUACAGUGAUGUUGAGAACGCAGAGCACCUAUGUGUUCUCAAGGACAAGAAGAAGCCUAUCCUCUUCACCAUGGCUAGGCUUGACCGUGUCAAGAACUUGUCAGGUCUUGUUGAGUGGUACGGUAAGAACACCCGCCUGCGUGAAUUGGCUAACUUGGUGGUUGUGGGAGGAGACAGGAGGAAAGAAUCAAAGGACAACGAAGAGAAGGCUGAGAUGAAGAAAAUGUAUGAUCUUAUUGACGAAUACAAGCUGAAUGGUCAGUUCCGUUGGAUCUCCUCCCAGAUGAACCGUUAUAGGAACGGUGAGCUCUACCGUUACAUUUGUGACACCAAGGGUGCGUUUGUGCAACCUGCAUUGUAUGAAGCCUUUGGGUUGACUGUUGUGGAGGCAAUGACCUGUGGAUUACCGACUUUCGCCACUUGCAAAGGAGGUCCUGCUGAGAUCAUUGUGCACGGUAAAUCAGGUUUCCACAUUGAUCCAUACCAUGGCGAUCAGGCGGCUGAUACUCUUGCUGAUUUCUUCACCAAGUGUAAGGAAGAUCCUUCUCACUGGGACGAAAUCUCAAAGGGAGGGCUUCAGAGGAUCGAGGAGAAAUACACUUGGCAGAUUUACUCACAGAGGCUCCUGACAUUGACCGGUGUGUAUGGAUUCUGGAAGCAUGUUUCGAACCUUGACCGUCUUGAGAGCCGCCGUUACCUUGAGAUGUUCUAUGCACUGAAGUAUCGCCCAUUGGCUCAGGCGGUUCCUCUUGCUCAGGAGGAUUGA